CCACUCUUACUGAGUUAUACAGAGCAGAAGGAGCAUAGGACUAGCUGUCUGCUGCUGUUCACUUCUCUGUCUGCCCAGCUGGGAGAGUGUGUCUGAGUGUUGUUGUCGUCCAUCCAUUGAAGCUAAGUGGAUUGAUCAGCUCUAACCAACAUGUGGGCUGCACGCCCACAGAGAGAGCAGGCUCGCCCUGCUCUGGGGGCUAAUUGCUGAGCAUGCUGGGUAAAGCUCCGCCCACUACUAGUAGCCUCAACCUGGUGAACUCUGAGGUGUCGGACGCCACAGCGGCCCCGGACGCGCACGACGGUAUCACGAUGACCGACCUCGUGGAGAGCCUGGAUACCAGAGAGCUGGACAUGGGGGAGGGAGAGGAGAACGACUACGAUGGGAGCUACUUAGGGGACUGUCGUAUCCCGUUUUCGGCGGUGUAUGCUACGGUGGGCUUUAAGGAGGCCAUUGCUAAGGUCUACCUUCCCACCAUGCCCAUUACUGCCAAAAUACUGGAGGUUGAGAGAUUCACCACCGCACAAGACCGCUUCAACCUGUCACACCAAAGGAGUGUCAACAAGUCUCUGCCGGCGGUGUUUAAGAUCGAGCUGAAGCACGGUGAGUUUACCUGGGUGGUGAAGAGGAAGGAGAAACAUUUCAUGGAGCUGCACAGAGAGCUGAGGACGUACAAGACCUUCAUGAGGAUACCGCUGCCGUCACGCAGCCACACGGUGAGGAGGAGGACAGUGAGGAAGAGCGAGGUGAGGGAGAUGCCCUCCCUGCCGAGGGGAGGAGGGGACGAGCUGGUUCGAGACGAGCAGGUCUCCAGCAGGAGGAGACAAUUAGAGGACUAUUUGAACAAGCUGCUGAGGAUGGCCAUGUACCGCAAAUAUCACCAUACUAUGGAGUUCAUUGACAUCAGCCAGCUGUCUUUCAUUCAUGACCUGGGGCCCAAAGGACUUGAAGGGAUGAUCUAUAAGCGCUCCGGUGGACAUCGUAUCCCUGGCAUGAACUGCUGUGGUCACAGCCAGGCCUGCUACCGCUGGUCUAAACGCUGGCUGGUGGUGAAGGACUCGUGCAUGCUCUACAUGAAGCCAGACUCAGGCGCCAUCUCCUUCGUCCUGCUGGUGGAUAAAGAGUUCAGCAUCAAGAUGGACUCCAAAGAAACAGAGACCAAACAUGGAGUCCGGAUUGACAGCCUCUCCAGGACCCUGGUGUUUAAGUGCAGCAGCUACAGACAUGCGCGUUGGUGGGGUCAGAGCAUCGAGACGUUCGUGAGGAGUCAUGGGAAGGCUUUCCUCCGAGAUCACCGCUGCGGAUCAUUUGCACAGGAGCAGGAAAACAUCGCCGCCAAAUGGUAUGUGAAUGGGAAGACGUACAUGGAGGAUGUUGCUGAUGCUCUGGAGGAGGCUAAAGAAGAGAUCUUUAUCACCGACUGGUGGCUGAGUCCAGAGAUCUUCCUGAAGAGGCCUGUAGUGGAGGGAAACAGGUGGAGGCUAGACUGUACCCUCAAACGCAAAGCACAACAGGGAGUGCGCAUCUUUGUGAUGUUGUAUAAGGAGGUGGAGCUCGCCUUGGGCAUCAACUCGGGCUACAGCAAGAGGACCCUCUCUCACCUGCACCCCAACAUCAAGGUGAUGCGUCAUCCCGACCACGUCUCCUCAUCCGUCUACCUGUGGGCGCAUCACGAGAAGAUUGUCGUCAUUGACCAAUCGGUGGCCUUCGUGGGCGGGAUCGACCUGGCCUACGGUCGCUGGGAUGACAAAGAGCACCGGCUGACGGAUGUCGGCAGUGUGACGCGCUCUGUGGCUCUCGAGCAGGCUGGCUCCACUAACACUCCGUCCAGCAAGGUUGUGCCCUCCGUUGAUUUCGUCUCCAAGAGCAACGGACGAGGGACGCCGCCCGGUGAUCAGGUGGACUUGCCCAAGCUGAAGGGGAUUGGACGCAGUAGGAAGGCUCGCUUCAGUCUGUACAGACACCUGCACAAACACACUCUGCAGCACGCAGACAGCGUCAGCAGUGUCGACAGCGCAGGGAGUGGUUCAGUGCAGAGCCUAAAGACAGGUGUUGGAGAGUUGCAGGGGAACACACGCUUCUGGCAUGGAAAAGACUACUGCAACUUUGUCUACAAGGACUGGAUCCAGCUGGAGAAACCUUUUGAUGACUUCAUCGACAGGUACACCACUCCCAGAAUGCCCUGGCAUGACAUCGCCUCCGUUGUUCAUGGCAGAGCUGCGCGGGAUGUGGCCCGGCACUUCAUCCAGCGCUGGAACUUCACUAAGAUCAUGAAGCCCAAGUAUCGCUCUCUGUCUUAUCCAUUCCUGCUUCCAAAGUCUCACUCCACUACAGAUGAACUCAGAUACCAAGUCCCUGACUGCGUCAACGCCAAAGUGCAGGUGUUGCGGUCAGCAGCAGAUUGGUCGGCAGGCAUAAAGUACCACGAGGAGUCCAUCCACAAUGCCUACAUCCAGGUCAUCGCUAAGAGCAAACACUACAUCUACAUAGAGAACCAGUUCUUCAUCAGUUGUGCCGACAACAGGACGGUCUACAACAAGAUCGGAGAUGCCAUCAUCGAAAGGAUCCUCAGAGCACACAAGGAGGGUAAGAAGUACCGCGUGUACGUGGUCACCCCGCUGCUUCCUGGAUUUGAGGGGGACAUCACUACCGGAGGAGGGAACGCCCUUCAGGCUGUCAUGCACUUCAACUACAGAACCAUGAGCAGAGGAGACUACUCAAUCAUCUCUCAGCUGAAAAACGAGAUGGACGACCACUGGAUGAACUACAUCUCCUUCGCUGGCCUGCGGACUCACGCUGAGCUGGAGGGACGCCUGGUCACCGAGCUCAUCUACGUCCACAGCAAGAUGCUCAUCGCUGACGACAACACAGUCAUCAUCGGUUCUGCUAACAUCAACGACAGAAGCAUGCUGGGUAAGCGCGACAGCGAGGUGGCGGUGAUCAUCGAGGACUCUGAAAAGGUCGCUGCGGUGAUGGACGGACAGGAGUAUGAAGCGGGACCCUACGCUCUUCGGCUUCGCAUCGAAUGCUUCAGGACUAUCCUUGGAGGUCACACCGACACCAGUAUUGACGUGUCUGACCCCAUCAGCGAUCACUUCUAUAAAGAGGUGUGGAUGAGCACAGCUGGCCGCAACGACACCAUCUAUGAGAAGGUAUUCCGUUGCCUCCCGUCGUCCCUGGUGAGGAACAUGUCGGAGCUGGAGCAGUACCAGUCCAAACCGGGUUUGGCCCAGACCGACCUGGCCCGUGCUCAGGAGGAGCUGCGCAAAAUCCGAGGCUUCCUGGUCCAGUUUCCUCUGGACUUCCUGUCUGAGGAGAACCUCAUGCCCUCUGUUGGAACGAAGGAGUCCAUGGUACCAACUGAGAUCUGGACAUAAAGGAUGGGCCACCACUGCCAGCCACUUGCACAUCGGAAUUUUUUAACUGUUCCUUGAGGGAAGUAUCUGGAUUGUAGUUGUCAUCAAAUGUUUAAUAUGGGAUUAUUGGAGAGAUGGCCUUUAAUCCAGAGAUGAGAGUCUCCUCUGGAUUGAUAGGACUGCCGGGCAUUGACAAAUCUCUCAAAUCUGUUUUCUACUGAAGAACACUAAACCGUAGUCACAGCACAGCUUACAGUAUUUGGGUAAGCAGCAUUAACACUUUUGGGAUGUAUGAAGAAAAAAAAGAUAUGACACUCGAGACUGCAUUCAAGCUGUGGAGAUGAUAAACAGCCACGUGAACUUUGGGUUUUGGGAAUCAACUCAACGCUGCACCCUUAGACCUUUGGACUGUUGGAAAAGCUCGUAAGACAGCGAGGAUUUCUAAGGAACCAGGGUGAGGCGCUCGUAAAAUGUUUGGCUCUUAGUUUUAAAACGAUGACAGAGAUGGCGAUGCAUGUGAUUCACUGAGUUUGUGGCUGUAUGCUCGUGAGGUGCAUUAGUGCUACGUACGCUGUUAAUGAGCUCACAGAGGAGCUACUGUGGUUAUCUCAGAUGCGUCUUAAGGAUCUCUUCUGUAAAACAAAUCCAACAACAUGUGAUCGCUCUUUUACUGUUCAGCACAGAGAGAGAGUUUCGCCGAUUCAACAGUGGUGCAUGAUUUUACUAACUGUGCUCAAAUCUUGUUAACACGAUUGCUAUGAUGCAUGUACCAAUCACAUCUCUGAGACAUUAUAUUUCCUGUCGAAGGUGUUUUGUGACGGAUAAUUGUCAGACUGAACUGCUGCAAUCAAAGUGGAACUGUGUUGAGCUGACCCCGGUACAAAAGCUACAGUACAUUCAGAGGAUGAUGGCUGAGGGUGUACGAUUAAAGGAAGCAGUGUAAAAUGGUAAAAACCAGAGAGGUUGGAUGAGACAAUCGGCCCACACGUUCAAAGGAGUCAUUUCCUGUUUGCUCAGCAGAUGGUGCUAGCUUUUCAAAAAUACAGCUUGUGUACAGCGGCCCUUUCAGUUCUCCCGUCUAUUUUUCUCUCAGUCUUUAUGAUGACGGCUUUGUAUUAAAGUGCAGAAAAACAGUGUUUGAAACGAUAUAAACAAUGAACAUAAAAUCAAUAUUUUCCAUUUAGCAUGCAACUGGUGCCAGAGGCAGAACUGUCAUAUGAAGAUACAGUUUGAAAUCGCUUGUUACUGUACGUUUCCUGGCAGUUCCUAGUGGUUUUCUUGAUGAAGCUUUUUACUCAGAGUGAAAAAUAAAAUAUUUAUAAUGUAACACAGCCUGUAUAUCUGUCAAGGGGAAACUACGUUUUUUCUAGGGAUUCUUAUGGUAUCUGACCUACAGCAGUGGUUCUCAACCUUAUUGCGUCGCGACCCCUCAAGAAUAAUCAGGUUGGUGUUCGCGACCCUCCCACCUGGCGUAAACAGCUGUUUCUACGCACCACCACCUGCUGAUUUUGAGGGAUUAUUAUGAGUAUUCUGAUUGAUUAAUUAAUUAACUGUCAAAUAAUGCUUUGUUUGUGAUGACAGCCAGCAUCUAGGCGUUGUCCAAUGUGCUCCAGGCAUUGUGGAUUUCUUAUUCAUUUGGGAAAUCCCCAUCCGAAACUCACGUGCACACACACUUUGACUCUCACAAACACACUAUAAAAUAUAUUUUUAGGCAAUUUAUAUCACUGGAUCAGGCGAUAUAAUGUAAUAAACCAUUCCCCAGUCUAAAAUAUGUUAUUUUACUUACAAUGUCAUUUAAUUUCUUUCUUCGCAACCCCUGGAAAUGAUCUUGCAACCCCCUUCGGGGUCUCGACCCCCAGGUUGAGAACCACUGACCUACCGUAUGGGGCAAUUGUCCUAAUUGAAUAUUUGAAUAUGUGAAUGUAUGGACUCCAUGUUACCUGAUUUGUUUUAAUUUUGAAUAUUUGUCACUUGUUUGAUCACCAACAUCUUUUUUUUAUUUUAUUUAACCUUUAUUUAACCAGGGCAGGUUAUGUUUUUUAAAUAUUUUAUUUAGAUUAGCAAUCUCUUCCUCAAGGGAGUCCUGGCCAAGAUAAAGUGAAGUUAUAGAGACACUCUCAGCACAUAGUUGGUUAAAUGAUUUUCACACGAAGGUUAUUAAAACAACUAAGGCUAGACUGACAGCUGCCGGGAAGAGGUGUCAUGUAAAUCAACAUCAGCAGUUUCCUUUGGCAGAGCUCCUCUGGAUUCUCACGAAAGGCCCACAAAGUCUUUAAGUAAUAAACACCUGACUUGUGAAUCAACACCUGACAUGUGAAUCACUGGUAUUUAUUCAACAGAAGUAGAUAAUAACUUCCAGUGCAUGGGAUCUAAUAAUGUUUUUUUUUGGUUGUUUUUUUAAUGGGACCAGGAAAUUGAUGAAUGUUCGCUGAAGUGAUAAUGACUGGAAACGCCACAGUUUUGCUUUUCAAUUUGUACUGAUUUUGACAUCACUGUAUUGUUUACGCUUGCUGUAUUUGUCUAUAAAAUAUAAAUCAUUUAACAUUCUUUAAACAUGUUUUUUUUUUUUUUAAUGUACGGCAUGUUUGUAUGGAUGGUAGUGGAUUUGUAACUGAAUGUUUCUUUAUCAUAACCAUCAUGCAGCAGUCUUUUCUGUCAACUAUCUGUAAAUCCCUUUUGCCUAAAUUCAGCUGAUCUUGCUUCCACUGUUUAUAUGCAAUACAUUAUGUUUUUUGUACAUUUGAAAGUAUUUCUAAUUUCUGUCUGUUCAUUUAACACAGUGUAACUCAUAAUUUAAACGGUUAACAAAUAAAAUUAUCUUUGACAUUUUU